CGGUGACGCCAUCAAUUCCUGCCAAAAACCUUUACCUCGCGUACUCUCUGCCGUACCGUAAAAAGGGAGGCUAAUUAAUCCGCCAACGGGGUCUCGCCUCGCGUAAUCCUCAGCGCCGCUGCUCCUACACUCCCUCGCACUCAUUGCUCCCCAUCCGCAGCAGGCAGGGGCGACCGGGCGAGAAUGCGGAGCGAGGCGGCCGGCGGCGGCAUUGCGGCUGGCCCUCCGGCCCCCGCGCUGCUCUGCUCCGACCUCAAGCCCUUCCUCGCCGCGCUCACCGCGCUCACGCUCCUCGCCGCCGCCUGGCAGCUCCGCCCCUACCACUCCCUGCUCGCCACCCCGUUCUCCCUCUGCCCGGACCCGCCGCGCUCGCUCGCCGUCUCCGGCAAGGCGUCCAGCUCCGACUCCAACGCAUCCUCCUCGUCGCCGAAGCAGGAGCGGGAAAGGUCCAGGCCUGACCCGAACAGGCGGGAGUUCCGCGCGGUGGGCAGCGCGGCGGCGCUGUUCGUGCAGAUGGGCGCGUACCGGGGCGGGCCGUACACCUUCGCCGUCGUCGGGCUCGCGUCCAAGCCCGUCCACGUCUACGGCAAGCCCUGGUUCCGCUGCGAGUGGGUGCCCAACGCCGGCGCCAGCGCCAACAACGCCUCCGCCUCGUCGGCGCGGCCGAUGCGCGCGGCCAACACGUACCACAUGCUCCCGGACUGGGGCUACGGCCGGGUGUACACGGUCGUGGUGGUGAACUGCACCUUCUCGACGCCCCCCAACGCCGACAAUGCGGGGGGCAGGCUGGUGCUCAACGCCUACUACGGCGCGUCCCCGGCGCGGUACGAGCGGGUCGAGGCGCUGGAGGAGGCGCCGGGGAGCUACGACGAGGCGGCGUUCCGGCCGCCGCACAGGUACGACUACCUCUACUGCGGCUCGUCGCUGUACGGCGACCUCAGCGCGGCGCGGGUGCGGGAGUGGAUGGCGUACCACGCGCGCUUCUUCGGCCCCCGCUCGCACUUCGUCUUCCACGACGCCGGCGGCGUCGGCCCCGCCGUGCGCGCGGCGCUGGAGCCCUGGGUGCGCGCCGGCCGCGCCACGCUGCAGGACGUGCGCGCCCAGGCCGACUACGACGGCUGGUACCACAACCAGUUCCUCGUCGUCAACGACUGCCUCCACCGGUACCGCCACGCCGCCAGGUGGACCUUCUUCUUCGACGUCGACGAGUACAUCUUCCUGCCCGACGGCCGGACGCUCGACGGCGUGCUCGCCGAGCUCGACCCCUACACGCAGUUCACCAUCGAGCAGAACCCCAUGUCGAGCAGGCUGUGCGCGCGGGGCGCCAACGAUUCCGAGGCCGACUACUCCAAACAAUGGGGGUUUGAGAAGCUGGUGUUCCGGAAUUCGAUCACCGGGGUGAGGCGCGACAGGAAGUACGCGAUCCAGGCCAAGAACGCAUACGCCACGGGCGUGCACAUGUCCGAGAACGUUAUCGGCAACACCACUCACAAGACGGAGCACCUCAUCCGGUACUACCACUACCACAACACCAUCAACGUUCCCGGCGAGUUAUGCCGCGAGCUUGUGCCGGUGCCGCCGAAAGGUGGCGUGAUGUGGUCCGAGAAGACGCCCUGGUACCACGACGACAGCAUGAAGCGCCUCGCGAACGCGGUGCGGGAGUUCGAGAAGAGAACCAUUGGCAAUGUGGGUGUGUGAAUAUGGCAUGAGCAUGACAAAACAUCAGAGAACGGACUGGUGUAUAGCAUUCCUGUUGGCCGUCCAUGAAGCUUGGCAGGGGCAUCCCUCAUGUUGUGAAUGUGAACCUAACAAACAGCUCAUGAUUUGGAGCUUGUGAGGUGAUAGAGAUGGGAGGAAAGCGAAACCGCAACCCGGACGGCAUGGCAGAUUGUGUGCAACUGCAACAACCCUGGUGUCAAUCUGCAAAGGUGAGAAUUUUGUAUAGAGAAGAUAGACAUCCUCAUCCGUGUAAAUCUCAUUGUUGAAUUGUUCUCAGUCAUAAUUCAUUGCAUUCCAUUCGCUUAAAGCACCAAGUUGAUGAUAGCUUCGUUCAUCGAUGAUGAUGAUGCAUUUCUAAGAUUAGAUUGUUGCACCUUGCGGCUUCCUUUCCUUUGUUGACUAUAUAUGCCGCGACAGUAUAAACUGUUCUAGCAGCCCCAAAUUUUGUUG